CACCUCUCUCUCUCUCUCUUUCUCUCUCUCUCUCUAUCUUCCUCAUUCAUUCACUCAACUCAUUCACUCACAUUCUUUACACGACAUCUUCAUCAUUCUAUUUCAGCAAACAAGGCAGAAAGGAAAAGAGAGAGAAAAAUAAAAAAAAAAUAAAAAAAAAAGGCAAAUAGUACAGAAAGGAAGUUCAGUGGAACCCAAGUAUUAAAUAAGACAGCAUAAUAUAUCAUAUCAUAGGAGAAAAGAAAAACGCCAUGUCGACUUCCGCACGUCGCAGAUUGAUGAAGGAUUUCAAACGCUUGCAAAGUGAUCCCCCAGGCGGUAUAUCUGGUGCACCUUGUUCUGAUAACAUUAUGCUAUGGAAUGCUGUCAUCUUUGGGCCAGGCGAAACUCCUUUUGAAGAUGGCACGUUCAACUUGGUUCUUCAGUUCGAUGAAACGUAUCCAAACAAGCCGCCGACUGUCAAGUUUGUGUCACGCAUGUUCCAUCCCAAUGUUUAUGCCAAUGGUGAAUUAUGUCUGGAUAUUCUUCAAAAUCGAUGGUCCCCCACCUAUGAUGUGGCUGCCAUCUUAACUAGUAUCCAGUCACUUCUUCAUGAUCCCAAUCCAAACUCGCCUGCUAAUGCUGAGGCGGCCAAUCUCUAUCGCGAGAACAAGAAGGAAUACACUAGGAGAGUACGAGAGAUCGUGGAAGCAUCGUGGGAGUCGUAAAACAAAUUAACAUCGACGUAUUAUUAUUAAUAAAGAAAAAAAAA